AUGCCCGCGUCGCACUGCGCCGCCAGUCGUCGCCGUACUUUCAAGUCGUCCCUGUUGAUUGCCUCGUGCGAGCGCGCGGCUUCGUCCUCUUCCGCGAGACACCCCGCGCUGUUUAGUCCCUUCUUCUCCUUCGCCCCGUCCGACGACUCGGACUCGCUGGCGCGAAGCCGUUCGCGCCGCCAUCGCUUCCCGGGCACUCUCUCCGCCUCGACGGCAGACAGCAGAAACAACAGCCUGUGGCCCUCGUCCUUUGCGUCGCUCCAGCGCCUAGCAGUUGGGACAGUUCGCUACCCCGCGCUGCCGCCCGUGUCGUUUGCCAUGGCUCUUCGUCGCAAGGCGGCUGCCGUGCCGGACGGGCCUCGCGUGAUUUCGCCAAGCCCUGCCCCGUCGGAGCGCGUGGCCGAUUACUCUGCUCCGACGACUCGCUCCGCGGCCAGGAAGAAGAAGAUGAUGAUGAUGGCUUUGCAGCAAUCGCUUGAAAACGACGGCGAGGGCGACGGCGAGGGCGAAGGCGGCGACGAGGUUGACGACGAGGCUGACGAAGAGGUUGACGACGAGGUUGACGACGGGAUUCCUGCGCUUCGAACAUCUCGCACGCGGAGCAGGUCGCCCAUCGGCUCUCGAACCAUGUCUCGCAUGACGCCCAGCAACCCCGACCCGGUGGCAAAGCCUGCAGCUCCCGGCCAACAAGGCUCCUCCGAGGACGCGGCCCUGAACGGCAAGCUCCUCGCCGCGGCAAACGGGCGUCUGGCUCCCCCGCAGCCCUCGGGUUGGUCCUGGCGCGACUUCAGCCGCAGCCCUAGUCCCCUGGGCCUCAUCCCCAUCCACCGGCACUGGAGGACAUUUGUCCACAAGCACGAGGUUCCCCGCAAGGCGCUCCACGUUUCCAUCGGUUUCUUCGUGGUCUGGUUAUACACAACGGGCACCCGGACGCAGUCGGUGCCUCCGUAUCUCAUGGCUGCCUUGAUUCCCGUCGCCACGACGGACUGGCUACGGCAUCGCUACGCCUCGGUGAACAGGCUUUACGUGCGCCUUUUGGGGGCGCUGAUGCGUGAGAGCGAGUAUUCCGGGUACAACGGCGUCAUCUUCUACCUGCUCGGCGCCUGGGCCGUGCUGUAUUUCCUGCCAAAGGAUGUUGGCGUGAUGAGCGUCUUGCUCCUCAGCUGGUGUGACACGGCCGCGAGCACCUUUGGCCGUCUCUGGGGCCGACAUACGCCUCGCCUUCGCCGGGGAAAGUCCUUGGCCGGAUCGCUGGCCGCCUUCCUGGUCGGCGUUGCAACCUCCUUCUUCUUCUACGGAUGGCUCGUGCCCACCGUUGGACCCAUGCCCGGCGAUGAAGACUUCAUGUACAAGGGCACGCUUUCGCUGCCAGCCGCGGUCCGCAACGCCCUCGGGGCGUCGUCUCCUCAUGGCGCAGUCACCGUGACGGGAACCCUGGCACUCGCCAUUGUGAGCUUGUGGAGCGGCCUUGCGGCAUCUGCUAGCGAGGUCGUCGAUGUAUUUGGCUGGGAUGACAACUUGACGAUUCCUGUCCUGAGCGGCAUUGGCAUCUGGGGCUUCCUCAGGCUUUUUGGCCAAUGA